UAACAACCUCUCGUUGACAUUUGCAUCUCCUAUAUACCGAUGUAGGUAGUUGGUGGACUACUGGUUGUGAGUGAUUGUAUCGUUUGUUUAUACAUUUUUCAUAUGUUAGAUAUCCCGAGGCCCUAGCCGAAUUAAGAUAUUUUGCACAUAUUGGGCAUAAGGCAGCUAUAACAAGUGUUAAUUGAUGACGAACCGCAGCGUGUAAAGUAUGCCGUUCAAUUUUUGGGACAUCAGGGCAAAAUGGCUAGAAUAUCACUUUCCAGAAUGAGAAAGAAAUUUAUGCGGCUUCAUCCUAUAUGGCGUGUGUACAGUAUUUUAAUUGUUCUACUUACCCUAUACAAUGAAGUUUUUAUUUAUGUUCUGCAGAAGUUCAAAUGGUCCAACAUAAGCUGUCAAGAAGAUCACUGCUUGCGAAUGCUACUGGUGGGAGAUCCGCAGAUUCUGGGUAAAACGUACGAUUCCAGUUACUAUUCGCCGCUGGCCAAUUUCGACUCGGAUCGAUAUCUGGCGUGGUACUAUGAGAAAGCCGUGGAACACGUGCGCCCGGAUGUGAUAUGUUUCUUGGGGGAUUUGAUGGACGAGGGAACCACUGCCAAUGAGCAACAUUUCGAGGAAUACUACGAACGGUUUGGACAAAUUUUCCCAACGCAUCCGACUGCGAAGAUAGUCUAUAUACCCGGCGAUAACGAUAUUGGGGGUGAUGAUGGUGAAGAACUCAAACCUUCGAAGGUGCGCCGAUUCCGACAAUAUUUUAGCGAGAAGCCUGCAUGGAUCAUCAACGAUAACGUUACCAUCUACAAUAUCAACAAAAUAACACUGGAGAGACCCCUAAAAGAUCCUCGUCUCGAUAUAACAGACGGAGAUGAUGGCUCCGAUCGGUAUAUCCGUAUCUUCCUGAGUCACUUGCCAUUCUUGAGCAACCCGGGUAGCUUUACUUACGAGGCAAUAGGAAAACUUAAACCCAAUGUGAUAUUUUCCGGGCAUUUGCAUGCCUCACGCUACGUUCGAAUACAUCGAAAGCAUUUGCGAGCGGCAACCUACAAACCACUUAGCGGAGAUAAAAAGACGGCUUACAAAGUGCAUACGUUCGAUUUGAGCUACCACAAGGAUACCGAAGAGCUACUGGAGAUCGUUAUUCCCACCUGUUCAUAUCGAAUGGGCGUACCAGAGAUCGGUUAUGGAUUUGCUGUAAUAGAUGGUACCAACCUCAAGUACACGGUACUGUGGACCACCAAGCGCUUCCAUCAGCUGAUCUCGUACGUGAUUGUGGUGGCCAUACCGUUGGCAUUUCUGCUGUUCACGAUACUGUUCAAAAUCCUAAAAGCUAUUUGCGUGUGUAAACGAAACGCGCGGACAAAACUGCCGCUUUACAAUCAGAUAUCUUGAACAAUUAACUCAAAACACUUAUCCCAGCAUCUGUCGAGGAAUUGAACAAAGUGACUCAAACCAAUAGCUUUUAAGAUUUUUGAAAAGUCUGGAAACCCUUGGAGCGAAGGCAAUAUGUUGUGCAUAUAAUGUGAUUUUAGUUUUCCCUUUUAUGAUUGUAAUAAAUAGAGUAGGCAAAAA